ACUAAGCUAUUUUAUUUUAUAGAACCAAUUGAYCCUUGUCGAAAYAGACCCUGUCAAAAUGGAGGCAGUUGUAUACAAACACCAAGUAAUCGUAACGGGUUYAGAUGCCGAUGUAGAAGAGGAUUCUAUGGGAAGUUAUGUGAAAACUUUUAUGGUAGACCAACAAUGCGACCAACAAAUCGACCAACUAAUCGACCACAGCCAACACCACCAAGGCCAACACCACCCAAACCUCAACCAACACCAGCGCGACGUCCCUCUACYCCAGUGCCAACAACGAGUGCACCAGGAAUUCCAGGAAAUCCAGCACAGAAACCAGACACCGUUGCUGAAAUCAUCGAAUACAUCAAUACUUUCCGAAAGCUCCAUGGCGUUGGCCCAGUGAUCMUCUCAGACGAAAUCAGCUCUAAGGCACAAAAAUGGGCCUUAAAAAUCAGUUCCCUAGGUACAGCACAGAAAGACGCAACUUCUCAAUAUGGAAACACCAUAUGUUUGAGUCGUAGCAGCCGUAAAACUCUGGCAAAAAGUUGUGUACUGGAAUGGUACGAGACAGUCAAGUAUUAUGACUGGCAUCAACGAAGUAUUAGCAUAAAGAGCAUGAAAUUCGUACAGAUGAUCUGGAAAGACAGUUUGUAUGUAGGAGUUGGUAUUGUACGGGGACAAAGCGGACGGUACUUUGUCGUUGUGUAUUAUGAUGUCCCAGGGAACAAAAAGGACGAAAUGAAGGAAAACGUCCCUGGAUAUACAGAUGUGCAUUUGAUGGUUUAUGGAGCGCCUUGUCCAAACGGAUAUUUAGAGUACCAAGGAUCAUGUUACAAAUACAAUACAGAAAAGGUCACGUGGGAUGAUGCAUUCAAGAAAAGUAUCGCCGAGAAUGCAACUCUUCUAUCAUUGAGGUCAUUAUUGGAAGUGGACUUCCUGGGAAUGGCUCCUGUGGCUAAUAGAGACGGACCGGCAUGGAUCGGCUUAAACGAUAGAGCAUCUGAAGGAGAUUACACUUACAUUGAUGGAUCACCGAUCGACUUUGUUGACUGGACAGCUGGAAGACCACAAGGRAAAGGCAACGAUUGUGUAGCAAUAAGUGUCCGAAACAGCUUCUAUCGAUAUGGUACAAUGACAGACCUYCCCUGUAGUAAAAAGCAUCAGUUUAUAAGYAAAAAACCACUUGAAGGUAUUAUAACGUACCGAAUAGCGAUUGAUAUCCCAUCUCUGGUUUGGGUUGACGAGCUAGCGUAUCCAGGCUCACUUGCUUAUCUUCAACUGAAAUCAAAAUUCGAAGAUGCGCCACCAAUGCCGAUGGGUGCGCCAAUUCCAGUGCCAAAUCCUAUGAUGCCAAUGAUGCCCCAGCCUUGUAUUCCAACACAAAUGAAUAACUGUAAGCCAGCCAAGAACGGAAAGAAACCUAAGAAAGGCAUAAAACAGUAUAUUCCAUUACCUCCACCAAUGCCAUUCCAACAGCCAAUGAUGAAUCCUAUGGGAAUGCCGAUGGGACCAAUGGGACCGCAAUGUGGGCCUCCACCAAUGAAUCCAUGCAGACCACCAAUGCCUGUGCCUAUGGGAUUAAGGCCCCCAAUGCCAAACGGUUUCCUAUGUGGUCCUCCAACUCUGAUCCCUUGUAGACCUAGGACAAUGAGCGGAAACAAGAGAGAUGCAAAGGGAAAAGAGAAAGGUUCUAAAAACAAGAAAUCUAAAAAGAACAGCUCAAAAAACAAAAAGAGCAGCUCUAAAAACAAGAAACAGUCCAAUGCAUUCAAUCCGUUCUCACUUCAUUCUCCAUAUCAUCCAAUGGCUCCGAGCCCUUUUAAUCCUUGUGUACCAAAUAUUUAUGGAAUCUGCCCCCCAGUAGGAAAACCACAAAUGGUAUCCGUCAGUCMACCCCUGCCAUAUGGACAUCCAUUCGUCAAAAUGCACCUCAAUAUGCCUUUGCCACCAAUACCAAUACCUAUGUCAUUGAUGAAGAAACAAAUUGCUAAUCAACGCAAAAUGGCAGCAAAGGGACCCAUGACACCUCCUUGUAUCCCAUCACUCUCGAAUCCCUGUGCACCUCCAAUGCUAAGACCUCCAGUGCCAAUGGGACCUCAAAUGCCAAUGAGACCUCCAAUGCCAAUGGGACCUCAAAUGCCAAUGAGAUCUCCAAUGCCGAUGGGACCUCAAAUGCCAAUGAGACCUCCAAUGCCAAUGAGACCUCCAAUGCCAAUGGGACCUCAAAUGCCAAUGAGACCUCCAAUGCCAAUGAGACCUCCAAUGCCAAUGGGACCUCAAAUGCCAAUGAGACCUCCAAUGCCAAUGAGACCUCCAAUGCCAAUGGGACCUCAAAUGCCAAUGAGACCUCCAAUGCCAAUGAGACCUCCAAUGCCAAUAAGACCUCCAAUGCCAAUAAGACCUCCAAUGCCCUUGCCGAUGCCAGCUCCAUGUAUCCCGUCGCCAUUGAAACCCUGUGCAGCCCCAAUGCUAAGACCUCCGAUGCCAAUGCCCAUGAGACCUCUAGGUGCUAUUCCUAUGCCAAUGAGGCCUCCCAUGCAAAUGAGAGCACCAUUGCCAAUGCCAAACCCAAUGAUGUCGAUGAUGGGGCAGCCUUGCAUUCCAACACCAAUGAAUAAUUGUAUACCCCCUAAGAAGGGUAAGAAAGGUGGAAAAACUUUUAAGCCGUAUGUUCCUGGACCAAUCCCAUUCCAACAACCUAUGGGAAUGCCAAAUCCAAUGUCAAUGGGAACACAAUGUGGUCCUCCGCCAAUGAACCCUUGCAGGCCACCAAUGCUAAUGCGACCUCAAAUGCCCUUUCCAAUGCCAAUGCGGCGUCCAAUGCUGAUGAGACCACCAAUGGCAAUGCCACCUCCAAUGCCACCAAUGCAAGCACCAAUGCCACCGAUGAUUGGUGGAGUGCCAUGUGGCCCGAAAACAAUGAAUCCUUGUCGACCACCUAUGCCAAUGCCAAUGCGACCACCAWUGCCAUUUCAACAUCCAAUGCAUUUACAGCCUCCAAUACCGAUGAUGAGUCAUAUGGGAUUGCCGAUGCCUUUCAAUAAAAAAGGAUCAAAAAAUCAAAAGAAAAAUUCCAAAAACAAAGAUUCUAAGAACAAGAAACAACCCAAAUUAAGCCCAUUCCAUCCGAUGGCUCCAAGUGGUAUGAACCCUUGUGUUCCAAAUCUCUUUACCGUCUGCCCUCCGAUAGGCAAGCCACAAAUGGUUUCCACAAGUCUACCAUUGCCAUUUGGUCAUCCACUACUGAAAAGUCACCUGGGCCAAAUUCCAAUAAAUCCAAAUCAAGGUUUUAGACAUCCUUUCGCUGGACUACGACCAAUAACACCUCCCCCACCUAAACCAUACGUAGUAAAUCUGCCAAACAUCGUUCUUAAGUAUCCAUUCAAACCACCUCGACGUAGACAAAUGCCGAAACCACAUGCGCCAAUCCAUACAMCGUAUGGUAUGCCUAUUCACCAAGCCCAACCAAUGCCAAUGGGGAUGCAUCCUCCAAUGGGAGUACCUCACCAAGCAACCUUCCACAGAAAUCCAUUCUCUACGUAUACCAACCCUAAAAGCUGUGCAAUACCGUGUUUGAAACCUCAAGGACUGUGUCCAAGCUAUUGCCCGAUCUACUGCUGCCGUAUAGGAAAGAAGGGAAUGUUAAAGAAGAAACGCAACAAAGUCCCAAAACCAAAAGCAACAAAGAAAGGCUAGGAGUAAAUGUUACUUUUCAAACGCUUUUGUUAGGCAUAUGUUAACAAGAAAACAUAUUCUAUGUUAAAUUAGUCUUAGUGCAAGUGCAGUCAGAUUUCUUGAUUAAGUAGAAUAUAAGUCUAGUAUUGUCUUAACUUAGUUUAAGUUCUCGAAAUAUGUUUGAGUCUCUCAAUUUGGAACCUUUUCUAUUAAAUAGAUAGUUUAAAUAACUUUCUUAUAUAGAUGAAUUUUUUUAUUACAUAAAGGAUCUUCCAUAUUUGUGUUUACAGCUAUUUCAAAAAGGUUGAACAGUAUAUACUGAAUAKUGUAUAGCACAAUAUAAGACUAGAAUUUAGCUAAAAGUAAUAAUAAAACCACUGAUAACCUGCACAGAAUAGCAUUUCUCGUACACAUUAUCAAAAUCAUUCCUUUUGGCGUCAUUCUGUUUGACCAAAAGCCAGUUUUUAAUUUUUCUACAAUGCCUGAUGUGUAAUGAAAUGCACUAAUCAACUCUUUUUGAAAUAUCUGUACAUAAAUAAUCUAUAAUAUAUACACUUUGAUUUAUUCGUUGAUAUUUGUAUCCUAUUAGAAAUAAAUAUGCGGAUUUUUAAACAUAUGCAGGCAUAAUUUCUUUGUUAGAUAUCACAUMUAGUGUAAAUUCAAUUAUUGAUAGACAUCUACACCAAAAUGAAAAACGUUAUAUCACUUUCAAAAGAUCGUAGAUUAUAGAUCAUAGAUGCCUGUGACAGAAGAUACAUGAGCCUCUAGUUAGKGCAACUGGGUAGCCAUGCCCCACACUUGACAAUAACCUUCAUUAUAAAAGGGGGUAUAGAGCGUGGCACAAUAAAACCAUGAGGGUUAUAGUGUGAAUGUCCGUUUCCUAACUUUGAUGUAUGUGUGUAAAUUAUUACAAUAAUAACAGGACGUCACGAUUAGAAUUUAAUACCUAACAGAAAUGUGACAAGUAUAUUCCUAUGAAUUAAUGGUACAUUUUUCAAUAAAAAUGAUUGGUUUGAUCUA